CAGCAUCAAAACGAAACUGACUGCUAACAACACUCAGGUGUUUCGUUUAAAUGCCUCCUCCAGUGAAGUGUAGGGUUUAAAGAGAACAUCCCUCCACUGCAGCAGGAUGCUUCCUUCCCUGUUCAUGAUGGACACGAUGGAGACUGAUCCCAGCAGCUCCCCGGAUGAAGCCAGGGUGGAGAGAGGCUUUGACCAAAAGGUGUUCGUCAACAGAAGUCUGACGCUGGAAAACAUCAAAUGCUACGGCUUCGACAUGGACUACACGCUGGCCGUUUACAAGUCCCCUGACUACGAGAGCCUGGGCUUUGAGCUGAUAAGAGACAGAAUGGUGUCUAUUGGAUAUCCUCAUGAGCUCCUACGUUACACAUACGACCCCAGCUUCCCCACACGCGGUUUGGUGAUCGACACCAUGUAUGGGAACCUCCUGAAGGUGGACUCCAACGGGAAUAUUUUAGUUUGCAGUCACGGCUUCUGCUUCCUUAAGGGAGAAGACAUUCACAAGUACUACCCCAACAAAUUCAUUCAGAGAGAUGACACCGAUCGCUUUUACAUCCUCAACACACUCUUCAAUCUGUCAGAGACGUAUAUCUACGCCUGCCUUGCCGACUUCUUCACCAGAUGCACCAGAUACACAAACCUCUUGAAAGGUUACCAGCACGGAGACUUGUUCAUGUCCUACAGAAGCAUGUUCCAGGACGUUCGAGACGCCAUGGACUUCAUUCAUGAAACGGGAAUCCUGAAAGAUCGGACUAUCAAGAAUUUGGAGAAGUACGUAAUCAAAGAUCCAAAUAUUUGUGUUCUCUUGUCUCGGAUUAAAGAAGUAGCCAAGGUUUUUCUUGCCACCAACAGUGACUACGGCUACACUGAGGCCAUUAUGAAAUACUUGCUUGAUAAUACUAUCAAGACUGGAAAUCCGAAAAAGUCCUGGCGCUCCUUCUUCGACCUCGUGGUCGUGGACACCAGAAAACCUCUGUUCUUCGCUGAGGGGACAGUGCUGAGACAAGUGGACACGAACACAGGAAAGCUUCGGAUCGGGACGUACACAGGCGACCUCCAGCACGGCACCGUCUACUCUGGAGGAUCCUCGGACAUUGUGUGUGAUCUGCUGGACGUCAAAGGUAAAAACAUUCUCUAUGUUGGAGAUCACAUCUUUGGCGACAUCCUCAAAUCUAAGAAGCGUCAGGGCUGGAAAACCUUCCUGGUUGUGCCAGAGCUCUCAAAGGAGCUGCAUGUGUGGGAGGAGAAGAAAAAUCUGUUUGAGGAGCUGAAACGUCUCAACGUCUUCUUAGCUGAACUUUACAAACACCUGGACAGCGGCAGUCGAGAGUGUCCCGACAUCAGUGCCAUUCAGACACGAAUGAAGGUGUUGACCUACAGGAUGGACAUGUCCUACGGUCAGAUGGGCAGCCUCCUGCGCAGCGGCUCCCGACAGACGCUGUUCGCCAGCCAGCUGAUGCGUUACGCAGAUCUUUACUCAUCCUCCUUCAUCAACCUGCUGCACUACCCCUUCAAUUACCUCUUCCUGGCUCCUCCUGUCCUGAUGCCCCACGAGGUAGCAAGUCAAAACUCGGCCGAAUUUGCUUCAUCAGACCUCUCUGCCGUCACCAAAAACAUUGUCAAAACCUGAGGACUGAGAUGAGACAGAAGAACUUUCUACAGAAAUCUUCAAAUGACCUUCGACAUGUCACAGUCCCCAUUUUUGAAGCUGACUUUUGCACGAGGAGUUUGUUGCAGCUACGAUGCGUCUCCUUUAACAAACAACUCACCUACUGCUCCACCCACUGGACAUGAAAUACAUUCCUGUGCAACAUUUACCAUAAACGAAGCUGUGAUGAGAUUUUAUUUUACAGGGUUAUUGUAUAUAAGAGUGAUGACUUAUUUUUUGUGAACUUUUGAUGUGAUGUUUAAGAAGUGACGUAUUUGUUGUUUGAGUAACUUCUGUUAAAUUAUUCCAAUAAAUCUUCAUUGAAGGACAAGAA